AUGGCCUCGACCCUCCGCCCGCCGUCCCCGCUGCUCGUGCGGGUGUCUGAGUCCUGCCCGCUCACACGCUGGAAGCUGGAAAUCUACUUCCAGAGCCGGAGGUCCGGCGGCGGGGAGUGCACCGUCCAUCCCCUCUACCACAGGGACCGGGUCAUCUUCCUGGUGAAGUUCAUGGAAAGGGCAGCUAAAGAGGGAGUCUUGAAGAAAGAAAAGCAUCAGAUUACGAUUGACAACAAACUUGUGACUAUUUUUCUGGAGCCCACUGAGAAUCCAAUGGAGAGGAAUGCAAGACCAAGAAUGUCUUCGUUGCCACAGUCACAGGAAGGGGUGAGUUCUGGUGAGAAGCAUCAAAACGAAGAAUAUAUUCCUGAUGUUAUGGAUUCCUGUCUCCAAAAGAUCUUUCUUAGUGUCACGGCGGACCUGAACUGUAACCUGUUCUCUAAAGAGCAGAGGGAACACAUAACCACUAUCUGCCCCAAGGUCAAAAAGAUGGAAGGGGAUGAUGGAAUUGAGAAGGUGUGUGGUACCUUUGGAGAUAUUGAAAAAAUACAUCAUUUCUUGAAGAAGCAACUCCAGGAAAGUGGGCACAAACAUGAAUCUUCCCCUUUGACAAUAGAGAGCGAGCCACUCCAUCAGCAGAACCAAAACAGCUGUGUUUCUCCCUUCGAACCAAAAACCAGGGCAGAAGACAAAAGCAACCGUCUUGAAAUUCCCUUGCCUUUCUUUGAAUACUUCCAGAAUACCUAUCCUGAUAAAAUAGACUCAGUACAGAGAAGAUUUGGUGUAAAAAUAAAAAUAAAUCAGGAGAGUUCUCUGAAUACUGUCUAUUUAGACUUCACCUCCAAUCAAUCAGGUGACCUCAAAGCCGCUAGCGAGUCUUUUGUCAGUGAAUUUCAGAAAACCGUAGGAUCUCUGGAGCAGAAAUGUGUUGCUUUCGCAGACAGUGAGCAGGCAAAUAGGAUCAAACAAGAAUUGAAUCAACGGUUUACAAAGCUCCUUAUAAAGGAGAAAGGAGGAGAAUUAACUCUCCUGGGGACCCAAGAUGACAUUUCAGCUGCCAGAUAUAUUUUUGCCCUAAAAGCCUCUGAAAGUCUUGUCAUGGGACCUGUGAAAAUAUCGACUCCCAAAUGCAUGAUGAAUGAAAUUGAGGUUGACACUGCUCACUAUCUGCUUGUAAAAGCUGAAUUACUCCAGGAGAUGACAGAGAUAGGAGAAAAGUACAAUACUCAAUGUCAGGUUUGGAAAGACACUAAGAAAGUCCACAUUCUAUUUGAACCUAAGGACAAAGAAUUUGAUCUGUCUGCCCAUGCUUAUGCAAGUUUCAUUGAUGCCUAUCAACAUGUGUCAAGUCAGCUGAUGAGAGAAGUUCUUUCACUGAAACCUCUGGGCAAAAUGAGAAAGCGCUUACAUCAGACCAAGUUGGCUGAUGACUUUAGUAAAAACCAUCCUCAUGUACACUCUGUACUAAAUCAAGAGUCAAUGACUUUGACUGGGUUGCCAGAUCACCUUGCAAAGGCAAAGCAGUAUAUCUUUAAAAAAGUGGGAAUGUCCCCAUUAGCUGGAGAUAAAAGGAAUGAGGACGAAGAAACACCCAUGGACAUUGAUAGUAAUGAUUCAAAAAUCACUUCAUCAACAUUCCAGCGCUCUGCCAGUUCUGGGGUGUCGGGAGUGGACGAGGAAGAGGAGGUAUGUAGCAUCUGUCUCGACAUCAUCAGUAACAAACAAGUGCUAUCCAAGUGCAAGCACGCAUUCUGCACCUCUUGUAUCAACAAAGCCUUGUCCUAUAAGCCGGUCUGUCCUGUGUGCCAGACUUCCUAUGGUAUCCAGAAAGGCAAUCAGCCAGAGGGGACCAUGACUGUCACUGUCCUGAGAGACGCACUUCCAGGUUAUGAAUCCUGUGGCUCCAUUGUGAUUGAAUAUAACAUGAAAGGAGGCAUACAAACAGAAGAGCACCCAAACCCAGGAAAGAAAUACUCUGGAGUACAACGAAGAGCAUACUUGCCUGAUAAUGAGGAAGGAAAUGAGGUUUUGAGACUGCUUCGUAGGGCCUUUGACCAAAAGCUGAUUUUCACAGUGGGGGAUUCUCGAGCACAAGGAGUGUCCAAUGUGAUCACAUGGAAUGACAUCCACCACAAAACGUCCCGUGUUGGCGGACCACAAAUGUAUGGCUACCCUGAUCCUGGUUAUCUGAAACGUGUCAAACAGGAGCUGAAAAAUAAAGGAAUUGAGUAAGAAGACUGCUGGAGGGCUGUCUUGAGCCAAGCUUUCAAAAAACACAGUUGAAGAGACGCCUUUUAAAAUUUUUCAUCUCAAUGAGGCAUGUGGGUGGCUCAGCCAGUUAAGCAU